CCGGCGGCGAUGGCGGCGGUCGCGCGGGGCCUGGGACGCGCGGGGCUGCUGCGCGCGUGGGGGGCGCGCGCGGCGCAGAGAUGGUACGCGGUGCCCAGCGGGCCGGACGGCGAGGUGGGCAAGGCCCAGCGGGCGGCGGGCGAGGAGCUGGGCCAGCAGCCCACCAUCUUCAGCAAGAUCAUCGCCCGCAGUGUGCCCGCCACCAUCCUCUAUGAGGAUGACAAGUGCCUGGCCUUCCGGGACGUGGCCCCGCAGGCGCCCGUCCACUUCCUGGUGAUCCCCAAGCGGCCCAUUCCCCGCAUCAGCCGCGUGGGCCCCGAGGACGCCGAGCUCCUGGGGCACCUGCUGGUGGUGGCCAGCCGCACGGCGCAGGCGGAGGGACUGGCCCAGGGCUACCGCGUGGUGAUCAACGACGGGAAGCACGGCGCCCAGUCCGUCUACCACCUGCACCUGCACGUGCUGGGCGGGCGCCAGCUGGCCUGGCCGCCGGGCUGAGCGCCCCGCCGGCUCCAAUAAAGCGCCGCCGGCCGCCCCGGCUGCCCGCUG